AGCCUCUCUUCUUUCAUGCGGCAUCGGCACCUCUUCCUACUUGGUUCCUAUACCAUUCGGUUUACUUACCUAGCACUGACUGGUUCUUGAUAGCAUGGCUCAAUACUCGUUUCGUUUCCUUCGUCCGUACCUCUCCACGAGCUUUAGGCCGCUCCGAAAUCCCGAACAUGCUCGCGUCUACCUUUCGGUGCAGCGGAGAUUUGCACAGACAGCCUCCGUCGAUGCGUAUACGGGGCCUCAUGAUGUCGAGAAGCAAAAGCGUCUGGAGCAGCUCAAGAAGGCGAAACCGCUGGCGGAAUACCAUCCCAGGCUCGAACAUGGUACCGGAGUCGAGCGUAUUUCCGUCCGAGAAUUCAAUUCCCGUUAUGAAAAGGUCCAGGAUACGCAACCCGAUGUUGUUUCAGUAAUUGGAAGGGUCCGCUCUGUGCGUCUCCUCGGCUCCAAGCUGAUGUUCCUCGACAUCGAGCGUGAUACCCAGAGGUUACAAGCCAUGGUUGAGCUGAAGAAGCUUAUUGGCUUGGAUGCUAGUCUGGAAGACGGCUUCAAGAGCUUCAAGAAGGUCGUCCGGACGGGUGAUUGGAUAUCUGUGAAAGGAAAUCCAACUAGGACGCCUACCGGCCAACUCACCAUUUCGGCUGUGGAUGUCCCGCAAACCCUCGCGCCCUGUCUACAUCAUGUCCCAGAUAAGGUGGAAGAUGCGGAGACGCUGGCGCGCAAACCGCAUGUGCACCAGCUGACCAGUGAAGAGCCGGGAGACAUACUGAGAUUGAGAGCAUUAAUCUACGAUUACAUACGCAAUCUGCUCAUGCAAGAGGGCUUCAUGGAGGUAGAGACUCCCAUGUUUGACGUGGAAGCUGGUGGCGCCAUUGCUCGACCGUUCGAGACAAUCGCGAACGAGAUGUCCAACAUGCCCAUCCGGCUCAGGAUAGCGCCAGAGCUCAAUCUGAAACGAUUGAUUGUAGGUGGGCAGGACAAGAUCUUCGAAAUAGGACGCGUGUUUCGCAAUGAGGGCGUCGACAACACCCACAAUCCUGAGUUCAGCAUCUGCGAGUUCUACGAGGUUGGAGCUACGCUCCAAUCUCUUAUUGAAAAGACGGAGAAACUCGUGCACGACCUGCACAUGACCGUGGAGGCACUACGACCCGCGUACUUCCCCUCGCUUAGCCCCGUCGAAGGCAUAAACUUCACCCAACCUUUCGCCCAGCUUCCAUUCAUUCCUACUGUUGAAAACGCCAGCGGGCGCAAACUCCCCGACCUAAGCUCCCCAGAUGCUGCCACUGCAGUUCUGGCUUACUUCAACGACCUCAACAUCACUAUCCCGCCCAACCCUACCCUUCCGCGUCUACUCGACCACCUGGCGGAGCGGUACAUCGAGCCCCUCUGCAAAGACCCGACCUUCAUAACCCACCACCCGGAAGCUCUCUCCCCGCUCUCCAAAUCCUUCGUCGACCCCUCCACAGGCCAGCGGGUAGCCUCCCGCGUCGAACUCUUCAUCAACGGCCGCGAAUACGUCAACGCCUACGAGGAGGAAAACUCUCCCUUUGAGCAGCGCCGCAAGUUCCUCAUGCAGCAAACGUUCCAGCCCCAGGGUGAUCGAGAUGAGAGUAUCGAUGAGAGCUAUCUGGAAGCGUUGGAAUGGGGCAUGCCGCCUACCGGGGGUUGGGGAUGUGGGUUGGAUAGACUGGUGAUGCUAUUUGCGGGGAAGAAGAGGAUCGCGGAUGUGCUGCCUUUCGGGACGUUGCGGAACGUGGUGGGGAUUUCGAGGGUUAAGUAGUAUGUAUGAUAGAGAGAUGUUGUGUACGUACAUAAGCAGGGGACUCGAGUUUUGUAAACGUGAUCCCGGUGGAUACCAUAUUAGGGAGUGGAUGAAGCUUUGGAGUAUGUAUACUACUAUCAAUCUCACCAUAGAGGGGGACGUGUACAAUUACUCUUCUUGUUCACAUUACCAUUCGCCG